AUGGCAUUUCUCGGCUACGGAGCUGUCGCCGCUCUAGGCGGUGCAUUCAUCUACGCCAAUCUUCCAACCUACCUGACCAUUGGAGCCGUGGCUCCGAAAUUCGCUCAUUUGGCAACAGCCAAGCUUAUUCCAAUCAAAGGAGGGCCCAGAGAAAUCGAGACUAUUGAUAAGAGCGAGCAGUUUACGGCCAACGAGCUCUUCCAAAAGGGACCUAUCAUGGUUAUGGCUGUGCGCCGCCCGGGAUGCAUGCUCUGCCGUCGCGAGGCUGCCGAAUUGCACACCUUACUUCCACUUCUCAAAGAGAAGGGAAUCGGAUUGGCUGCCGUUGUGCACGAAUCCCGUGGCGCCAACGAAUUCAAAUCGUACUUCUCGGGAGGCGACGUCUAUUUGGACACCGAGAGAACGUUCUACGGACCAAACGAGCGUUGGCUGCCCCAUUGGGUCGGCUUCCUUCGUUUCGGAACCUACUCGAAUGUCUAUAAGGCAAAGAAGGCGAAGGUUGAAGGAAAUAUGGAGGGAGAAGGAAGACUUCUGGGAGGCGUCUACCUAAUUGCCAACAACGACAUCGUCUACACUCAUCUGGAAAAGGAGUGGGGAGACGCCGCCAACAUCGACGAAGUUCGUGCUGCCAUUGAGACUUUCAAUGUAAAGACUAAAUAA